UUCAGAUCAUCACGUCGGACCUCCAAAUUAAUCAUUCCCAGUUUGAAGCCUUCCCCACGCGCCGCGACUACUGAAACCAUGGCGCAACCGCUGCAACACUUCCUGAUCGUUGGGUUCCCGGCGCAAAGCCACCUGAACCCUACUCUCCAGUUCGCCAAGCGACUUAUUGGCGUCGGUGCGCGCGUGACUCUUCUCACCACCGUCUCCAUGCACCGUCGUAUCAUCCACAAACCCAUCAUUGACGGCCUCGCUUUCGCUACCUUCUCCGACGGCUACGAUGACGGUUUUGCCAACACCCCUGACGACGCCAUAGUCUCCGUCUUCAUAUCUGAAAUGAAACGUCGCGGACAACAAGCUGUUGCCAAUCUCAUCAUGGCCUCCAAAUCCAAUGGAGGUGGAACUACUUUCACGUGCUUAAUAUACACUAUCUUUGUUCCUUGGGCUGCAGAGGCAGCGCGUUCACUUAACGUGACGUCAGCGCUGCUUUGGAUUCAACCGGCCGCCGUGCUGGACAUAUUCUAUUACUACCUGAGGGGUUACCGAGACUACAUUGACACCCAAAGCGAAGACCCCGAAUCAGAGAUAAAACUACCGGGAUUGCCAUUGCUGAAGACGAAGGAGCUUCCCACAUUCCUACAACCUUCUAAUGUUUACUCUUUUGCCAUUCCGUUCAUGGACGAGCACUUCACUGAACUGGAGAGGGACGCGAAGCCAAGAGUUCUGGUGAACACUUUCGAAGCGUUGGAAUCGGAGGCAAUCAGAGCCGUGGAUAAGCUGAACAUGAUCCCCAUCGGGCCGUUGAUUCCUUCUGCGUUUUUAGACGGGAAGGAUCCGAGUGACAAAUCGUUUGGGGUUGACAUCUUUAGGUGUUCCUCAGGUGGUUACAUGGAAUGGCUGGACUCGCAGGCAGAGCGUUCGGUGGUGUAUGUUGCAUUCGGAAGCCUUUCGUUGUUAUCUAGGAAGCAGGUGAAGGAAAUCGCACGUGCCCUUUCGGAUUCUGAAAGGCCAUUCUUGUGGGUCAUGAAAGAUAACGAAACGACAAUGGAAGAGAACCGGACAAAAGAAGGAGGAGGGGAACAUGUUGGGAGAGUAGAAGAGAAGAAAAAGCAGGAAAAAGAGAAGAAUGGGGAUAAAGAAGACAAGUGGAGGAAGGAACUGGAAGAGAAGGGUAUGAUAGUCAACUGGUGUAGCCAAGUGGAGGUUCUGUCACAUAGGGCGGUGGGAUGUUUCGUGACGCACUGUGGUUGGAAUUCGAGCUUAGAAAGCUUAGUUUCGGGGGUUCCCAUGGUGGCGUUUCCUCAGUGGACGGACCAGGUGACGAAUGCGAAGCUGAUAGAAGACGUGUGGAGGACAGGUACGAGGGUGAAGGUGAACGAGGAAGGAGUAGCAGAGAGUGAGGAAAUUAGGAGGUGUUUGGAUGUGGUGUUGGGGGAGGGAGAGAAAGCAGUGGAAAUGAGAAACGAGGCAGAGAAAUGGAUGGAUUUGGCUAGAGAGGCCGUGAAGGAAGGAGGGUCUUCCCAUCAGAAUCUAAGGGCUUUUCUGAAUGAUUUAGCACGUUGCUGAUGAUGAGUUAUCUCAUGACUUUAAUUUUUGUUAUUUAGUUUCAUCACUUGUUGAUCUCUCUGUGAACUUUAGUUUGGGUGUAUUUACUAUUUCGCGUUGUUAGGCUGUCCGUACUAUUUUUUCUGCGUCGAGCUUAUGUGCUUCGUAUUGGUUACAUCGUUUUGUAAAAGCCCGGAUUCUGUGAACUUGUGUGAA